GCGUGCGUAAAGUCCUAAUUCGGUGUUUCUGGGCGUGGAUCUCUCACAGUCCUGGAAAGGAAGAGAAGCUGAGCAGAGUCUGGGGCAGAGAGCUCACAUACCACACCGAUCUCCAGCGAAAGAAACAUCCGUUAACGAAGAAAACAGGCGGAAGAGGUUUCCCUGAACUAGGAAGACCAGACUCUUGCGUCUCUCUUCACCAAUCAGAGAAAGGGAUUUCUGGUUUCCCCUCUGCACAUCACUGGACAGCUUUGAUUAAAUCUUAUUGAUAUCAUUUGACAAACUUGAAAGAAAUCAUCGAAGUCAUCCAUAUCCAGUCAUGCCGUUGGUUGUGCUGCAGACCUCGCGCGUGAUGUGGACCCGCCUGGCCGCGCUGGCGUUCACGUGUGUGGCGUUCAGCGUGGCCGCUCAUGGUGCGUAUGCGUCUGGCGGCAUGUUCGACUGGAGCGUGUUCUGCUGGGUGUUCAGCUUCAUCUGCACCAUGUUGGUUCUGAUUGUCGAGCUUCUGAGCCUUCAGUCGCGUAUGCCUGUCUCGUGGAACAACUUUCCCAUCACGGUGGCGUGCUACGCAGGUCUGCUGUGCCUCUCCGCGUCCAUCAUUUUCCCGCUGUACUUCCUGAAGGGCUACUCUGGGCGUAGCGAGGCACGUGACUACAGGAUUGUCAGCACUGUUUUCUCCUGCCUGGCCACAGUGGCAUACCUAUUGGAGGUCAGCCUGACGCGGGCGCGGCCUGGUGAAGUGGCCGCCUACAUGGCGACGGUGCCCGGGCUCCUGAAGGUCUGCGAGACGUUCGUAGCCAGUGUUAUUUUUGUGUUUAUUAGUAAUCCUGUGUCGUAUGAUCAGCACCCGGCGUUGAAGUGGUGCAUGGCUGUGUACUGUAUCUGCUUCAUCAUUGCCGCUGGUAUUGUGGUGAUGUGCGUCGGAGAGUGUACCGGCUUGCUUCCGUUCCCGUUUGCCCGUUUCCUAUCCGCUUACGCCUUGUUAGCUACUGCGAUGUACCUCACCGCUACCAUCAUCUGGCCCGUGUUCCAGUUUGACAGUCAUUACAAUGGUCGGUCUCGGAGGCCCUAUGAUUGCAGUCAGUAUCAUGGUCUCUGUGAUUGGGAUAAACUGGUGAUCAUAGCCGUUCUGACGGGCCUUAACUUCCUGAUCUACCUGGCAGAUCUAGUGUACUCCGCACGACUCGUGUUUGUCCGUGUUUGAAAAGUUGAAAUCGGAAUUAUGGAAUUAUGGGACUAGAGUGGAAAUUUGGACCGAAACAAAAAGUGUGCACAGUAAAGAAAUUAAAAACAAGACAUUUGCGUUUUUAAAAAACAA